CUUUCCCUCUUUCAUCAUCCACCGAUUCAACAGUCAGUUUCUCAGUUUAAUGGCAGUUAAAACAGAUUCAUUUAAGAGCUACAACAACUUUAAAGAGCUUCCAUGGCAUUAACAGAAGAUCUGAAGCUAAAAAAUGAAGCUUUUUGUUCUGAAUUACUGCUCUGCAUUUGUGGCUACUCCAAUGGCUCCCAAUUCAUGUAAAAGGGCAUUUUCUGUAUUAUCUUCUGCUUCUAUUUCUGUCCCUAGAUGGGAAGGUGGGGUCUCCAUGGUGCAAGGAGCGUCUAGAGGCAUUGGCCUUGAAUUUGUUAAACAACUCUUGGAAAAGAAUGAGAAAGGACAUGUUGUUGCUACUUGUCGAAAUCCUAAUGGAGCAACAGGACUCCUUGAUUUGAAAAACAAGUUUUCUGAUCGUCUCAACAUUUUGCAGUUGGACUUGACCGUUGAAAGUUCCGUAGAGGCCUCUGCAAUGUCCAUAAAAGAAAAGUAUGGCGCUUUGAACCUUCUCAUUAAUGCCUCAGGCGUCCUUUCGGUACCAAAUGUGAUGCAACCAGAAACAACAUUGAACAAAGUGGAGAAAUCAUCAUUAAUGCUUGCUUAUGAGAUCAAUGCUGUGGGUCCAAUUCUAGUAAUCAAGCAUAUGUGGCCUCUUCUAAAAGCUGGAGGAGGCUUAGGAACGCAAAGGGAGGUUUCAGUGGUUGCCAAUUUAAGUGCAAGGGUGGGAUCCAUUGGAGAUAAUCGUCUAGGAGGUUGGCAUUCUUAUAGGUCUUCAAAGGCUGCCUUGAAUCAGCUGACAAAGACCGUGAGUGUGGAGUUUGCAAGAAAGAGAGAUCCUAUAAUAUGCAUUCUUUUGCACCCAGGUACGGUGGACACUGACCUCUCUAAGCCAUUUCAGAGAAAUGGUCCUGAAGGCAAGCUUUUCACGAAAGAGUUUUCAGUACAGAAGCUCUUAAACAUCAUCAACAAUGCCAAGAACCAUGAUAAUGGCAAGUUCUUCGCAUGGGAUGGUCAGGAAAUUCCAUGGUAAUUGAUUGUACUAAGUUGAAAUUAUGGCUUUUUGUCACCCAAAAUCACAUGUCAGUGCAUUUCAUCAGUCGUAGUUGAUGUGAAAACAAACAUAUGGGCCCUCAUUGAUUGCUUUGGGAACAUUCUGCAUUAUAUUUUAUAUUUCUGCAGCUUUGAAACAUUAUGUAUUUUAUUCUUUAAUUUAGAUAUUUAAAAAAUAUAUAUCUUUUUUUCUCCUCAAA